AUGGCAGGGAGGAGGAGGCUGGAAACCCUAGUCCUCUCCGCCAUCGCUCUGUGCUUGAUUCUCGUCGUGUCGCCCUCUGUCGGAGACACCGACCCUGGCGAUGCCGCAGCGAUGGCGGCCAUCGCGAAGUCGAUAACGCCAUUGCCUUUGAAAUGGAGCACAGACCCAGCGCUAGACCCCUGCGGUGACCGGUGGGAGGGCGUCAGCUGCUUCUCCGGGAAGGUGACCUCCAUCGAUCUGCAGGGGACCUCGCUGAAGGGAGGGAUCGCGCCGGAGGUGGCCAACCUCUCUUCUCUUCAGAGUCUUUCUCUGCAGAGGAACGAGCUUAAGGGAGAUCUCCCUUCUCUGGCAGGGCUGGGCUACCUCCGCGAGAUCUACCUUGGGAACAAUGGAUUCCAGUCCAUGCCUGCCACCUUCUUCUCCGGCCUGGUCAGCCUGGUGAACGUCUCUCUCGACCACAAUCCCUUGGCCCCAUGGAGCCUCCCCCUGGACCUCUCUCAGUGCUCCAACCUGGGGUACUUCUCCGCCAUGAAUGCCAGCAUCGUGGGAGGGAUCCCAGACAUCUUCGAUGGCCUCACUAGCUUCAAGGUCCUCAGACUGUCCUACAACUACCUGUCGGGGGUGCUCCCUCCAUCUCUCGGAUCUCCAUCCAUCCGCGAGCUCUACAUCAACAACCAGCUCACGAACAGCAGUAGCUCGACGGCGGGGAAACUCUGGGGAUCCCUCAACGUUCUCGGGUCGAUGGUGCAGCUCACGGCGGCGUGGGUCCAUGGGAACAGCUUCACAGGGUCGAUUCCCGACCUGUCAAAGUGCACCUCCCUAGUCGAUCUCCAGCUCAGAGAGAACCAGUUGACCGGGGUUUUGCCAUCGUCGCUGGCCUCCUUGCCAAGCCUCAGGAACCUCACCCUCUCCAACAAUCUGCUUCAGGGGCCCUUUCCAAGCCUGGGAAAGGAUGUUCAGGUGGACGCCCUGACUGGAAACAGUUUCUGCAAGCAGGAACCUGGGCCUUGCGAUCAGAGGGUGACGGACCUGCUAAGUGUUGCGGAAGGCUUUGGGUACCCAGUGACCAUCGCGAGGGCAUGGAAAGGGAACAACCCCUGCAAUGCCUGGCUUUUUGUGACCUGUGACCCUCAGGGGAACAUCACCACCCUCAAUUUUGCAGACCAGAAGCUCAAAGGAAACAUUUCUGAGAGCAUUUCUCGUUUUUCGGCGUUGAAGUUUCUUAAGCUUCAGAAUAACAACCUCACAGGAAGUAUCCCGCCUAGCUUGGCCUCCCUGGCUCACCUCCAGACUCUUGACGUCAGCAAUAAUAAUCUGAUCGGUGACGUACCCGCAUUUGCAUCAUCCGUGAAGCUGAUUACAGAUGGUAAUCCUCUUCUUGGAAGCCAUUCAGGUUCUAGUGGUUCAGGAAGCUCCGGUUCUCCUGAUGGCGGCAGUGGGUCUACCUCAGGUGGGAGUUCAUCUGGGGGAUCAAAAUCCCUGUCAGCUGGUAUCAUUGUGUUGAUUGUUUUAUUCACUGUGGCUGCUGUGGUCGGAUCAGCAGUGCUGUGCUUCAUGAAGCACAAGAAUCAUCUGAAACGAUUUGGCAAGGUGGAAACGCACAGCCCCCCGGAUGGGUCAGAUAUGGCUAAGUUAAGCAUUGCUGGAAUAAGUGGGACUAACCAUUUUGCGAGUGAACUUAACACCCAAGGUAGCAGCGAAUAUGGGAAUGCUCAUGUGAUCGAAACUGAAAGUUUAUAUAUACCAAUACAGGACCUUCGACGGGCUACCAACAACUUCAGUGCGGCCAACAUUCUGGGAAGUGGAGGAUUUGGUGUUGUCUAUAAGGGGGUGCAGCCUGAUGGAACCUUAAUCGCUGUGAAGAGAAUGGAAUGUACGGAUAUUGGCAAGAAAGGAAUGGGUGAGUUCAAGGCAGAGAUAGAAGUUCUGAAGAAGGUCAGGCACCGGCAUUUGGUUGCUCUCUUAGGUUACUGUGAGCAUGAGAAUGAAAAGCUUUUGGUGUAUGAGUACAUGCCGCAGGGCACUCUGAGUCAGCACCUGUUUGGUCAAGGGAGCUAUCCUCCCCUCACUUGGAAGCAGAGGCUCGUAGUGGCUCUUGAUGUGGCUCGAGGGUUAGAAUACUUGCACAAUUUAGCCCAAACAAGUUUCAUUCACAGGGAUCUGAAGCCCUCAAAUAUCCUCUUGGAUGAUGACAUGAGGGCAAAAGUUUCAGAUUUUGGAUUAGUCAAGCUUGCUCCCGAUGGCAAGAACUCUGUACAAACACGCUUGGCAGGAACUUUCGGAUAUCUUGCACCCGAGUAUGCUAGUAAGUGCCAUUCAUAUUCUUUGCCCUUUUCAACGUCUUUGCUGAUUUGAAUUGGGCCUUUGAUUCUUAUAGUUAUGAGCCCAUCUUUUCUUUUUAUUGUUGACCCAAAAUCACGAGAGAUUAGCAUGUGGCGUCAGUUAUAGAACUGAUUAGCGAGGAUUUAUUUUUUGAUACCAACCAAUGCGAUCUGUUCCAAGUGGCUUUUGAUUAAGCUUAAUCGGGUUUUAUCUCUGAAGUGCCCAAGUCAGUCGUGCAGUGUUUUUGAAUCUAAAACCCAUCUUACACCUCAAAACAUUUGCUAAACUCAAUCGUAUGUCUUAGAAAUCAGGCUGGAAAUGUUUAAAUGGUUAGGCUAGUGAUUCCGGUUUUGGAUCCCUUCUUGCAAAAAAUUUAAAACCAAUCAUUGACCAAAGUUGUGACAGCAGGGACUGCUUUGUACUGUUGUGAUGUUUCAUCUUAUCUUGUUGAUAAGACACUACUGAAUAUAGUUAUAUUGGCAUUGUCACCAAGCCCGCCUCAUGGAUGCUGUUCUUUGAGAGAUCUUUGGCUGAAGUGCAUAAUUUUAGUAUGGAUUUAUUUUCAGAUAUCUGAUCUCUGUGUUUAUCAAGAACUUAAUGUGGCAUUGCUCGUUGGUUUUUCACAUCCUGUAUGUCAGCAUGCUCCUGUUUAGGAGAUGAGUAUUUGAUUUUCACAACUUAAUGUGGCAUUGCUCAAGAACCCGCAUUCUGAUAUUUUAAAAAAAAGAAAUCGGAAAACAAACGCUGUUCUUAAUUUCCAGUUGAAGAUUAUGGGGUUUUUUUUUUCCUACUCUUUAUUUUCUCGUAUUUUUUCCCUCUCAUUAGUUGUUUCUAAGAUCUUAUUUUUGCCUAUGCGAAUUGAUGCUGGUUCUCCUCACAUUUAACUAAAACUCAGUAAAUUAAAAAUGGCUGUAAUGCAACUUGCAUUUUCCGUUUGAAAAUCACUGAUCUUUUAGUUCACAGAAUAGUAGAAUCUCUCUUCCGGUCCAAUCUUUCAACUUGUUACCCAUCAAAUCAACGUUCAUAUGAACCGAAUCAACUUUCUACCCAGAUCGUUGGACUUGCUCGAUCAUGAUCAAUAAAUUCUCCAAUUAUCAGCAUUUUUGAUAUAGAAAAUCAAAACUGUUUAAUAAUACUGUUCUUUCCACAUCCAUCUUCUACAUUGUAUUUUUUUUUUUUUACCGAUGAGAAAGUAGAACAUGAGUAUGAUAAUUAAUGUAUAAAAUGUGCCGUAGAUCAUGGUCUCAACAUCCUCCACAUUAUAAUCCCAUUUUACGGGGACCAAAAAUUUCUGUUUUUCUUUACAGGUGAUAGAGUAGAAAAUGGUAACAACUACAAGAAUAAUAAUAAAGGGGAUUCUAAUCAUGUUCUUCCUCCCUUGCAGCCACGGGGAGGGUGACCACAAAGGUCGACGUGUAUGCCUACGGCGUGGUCCUGAUGGAGCUCAUCACUGGGAGGAAGGCCCUCGACGAGACCCUCCCCGACGAGAUCACCCACCUCGUCUCCUGGUUCCGCCGGGUCCUCGUUGGCCGGGAAGGCCUCAUGAAGGCGGUGGACUCCCGACUCGAUCUCACCGACGAGGACUCGAAGAGUGUCGCUGCCGUGGCGGAGCUCGCGGGCUACUGCACCGCCAGGGAGGCCCACCAGAGGCCCGAUAUGGGCCAUGCGGUCAAUGUGCUGGUGCCCCUCAUCGGGCAGUGGCGGCCCGCCAGUGCCGAUAGCGGCGGUGGUGGUGGAGAUGAGGAAGAAGAUGCCGCCGCCAGCAUUUUCCACGGCAGCCUCCCCCAGCGGCUCCGCCGGUGGCAGCAGAAUGAGGGCACUUCCUUGUCGGGCUUUGAUCUCGGCGUCUCCCAGGGGCCGUUGGACUUCUCCCAUGGCAGCAUCCCCGCCAAGCCGGAGAUGUACCCGGAUGGAAGGUAG